CUUUUGUUUGUUCAUUCAUGAACAGCAGCAGUUGUUAAAUAUAUAUAUACACUCAACAUAUCCAAUAACAUUUACAGCGCUCUCGUUGCAAAUUGCUGGCGUUGGUGCUGCUGCUAACAACGGUGGUGCUGCAGCAUUAGCUGACAAAACCAAACGGAGAUACAUAACAGCCCGCAAGAAGGCCAAAAGCACAAUGAAAAUGCUUGUCGUUGACACCGAGCGAGAGGAGGCUCUAAAUUUGCAAAUUGAAUUCGAGUGGGUGCUGAGACAAGAAGUGCAUGCGAUACUAAAGCAAUUGCGAACUAUACUUGUGGAAUGCGCCCAUCGAUUUCCUGUGCCGCUGUAUGAUAACGAGGGCAAGAAGACUGAAAAGUUCAUACUCAGCGUGUCGCCCGAUCAGCUGAAGGCGGUGCUAACCUUAACGGGCGAUGCGAUAACCCAGGCAGAUAUUAGCUUUAAGCUGUGCAAGGCGCCCAGUCAGACGCAACGUACCUCAAUUACACACGAUUCGCCGUGGAAGCUGCAGCAGGUGCAGGAUGCUGCUAAUCAUCUGCAAACAGCAAUCAAUCACAUUGACGACGUUGAUGACUCUUAUCACUUCAAAACCUCGGAUGAAGUGCUUCAUGUGAUAGGCAACAUUUUAGAUGCGCUGCAGCGUGGACGCAACAGUUUGCUAGUGCCGAAGAAGAAGCCAAUUGAGGAGCUAAUCAAGGGACGCAAUAUGAAAUCACUUGUGCCUAACCUGCCCGAAGAUUUGGCCGUUAGCUUCUAUCUGCAGAGCCACAAGCUGAUCAUAGCCGUCUAUCAGCUGUUAAACAAUCAAGGGACAAUGCAAUUUGAUUCUCGCCAAGCGGAAAUCGGUGUUCAAUGGCUCAAUGAUGUACUCCUUCUGCUGAUGAAUGGCCAGAAACUGUGUCAGCAGCUGAAAGACAAGAUAUCCGUGUUUUCAGUGUACAAAGAUUUUACAGUUGGUUCGCGUUCGCCAUCAGCUUUAUCGUACUGAGUGGAAAGGAUAUAUGUAUGUGUUUGGCUGAAAAGGAUAAACAAUAUAACAACAAUAAUAGCUUAUAAUGAAAACGUACUUGUAAUAGUUAAAGUAAAUAAUGUUAGUUAAAGAGUUGCUCUUUGUGACCGCAUACCGUAAUACCUAUUAUAUAUAUACUGAUAUAUAUA